AUGUAUGCAAAAAGAGACUCAUGGGCUGAAUCAUGUCUUAGAGGAAAGUUUUUCGAUGGUAUGUGCACCACUCAACGCAUGGAGCCCAUGAACAAGUGUGUGAAGGAUUACUUGAGGAAAGAUGUGAAGUUGUUUGAAUGUAUUCUUGAAAUUGAUAGGGCUAUGUUACGUCUUAGGAAUACCAUGGCGAAGGAUGGUUUCAACGCAAAGAACUUAGCACCAGUUCUUAAAACCGCAUUGACAAAACUCGAGCAACAAGCUUCUCAAAUAUACACGCAUAGGGAUCCCGUGUUGCCACCUGUUUAUGUAAUGAAGUGCGAGCACCUUACGGAAAUUCCUCCAGCACUCAUAAUGAAGAGAUGGACAGAGAGUGCCCAAAGUGAUACAUGUAGGGAAUGUUUCGGCCAAGGCGAAGACACUACCAACAAAGUUGUAGAAAUGGUGAGGUAUGGAAGUUUAAGUGCUAUGUCAAACAAAGUAUGUUUUUAUGCAUCGAAGAGUGCAUAUGGUUAUGCCAUGUUGACGAAUGAGUUUAGCAGAUGGGAGGGAAUUGUGAAGGCUUACGGCAAAAGGAAGAAGAGACAAGUCUGA